UCCUAACACAUGGACAAGCUAUAAUAAGGGACCUUUGCCUUGGGGGUCAGUUAGAUUGUAGCGGUACCUGUGUUGACAUCAAUUCUGACCAUAACAACUGCGGGAGUUGUGGUAAUGCUUGUAGUAAUAAUAAUGCCUAUCAGAAAUGUUGUGCUGGUGAAUGCCAAAACGUUCGUAACUCCGAUGCGCAUUGCGGAGAUUGCUUUCGCAAA